UCUUCAUCAUGAACCAAACCGAUCGAGCCUAAUUCUUAGCCUUUUUCCACCACGAAGAACUCAUGGAUCCUGUCAAGGGUUCUAGACUUAUUGCAAUAUUAGCAACUCUUUUAGUCAUUUCUGCAAUAUUAGUUAACGGGCAGAUUAGCACACCAUGCACAGCGUCAAUGAUCAGCAGCUUUACCCCAUGUUUUAACUUUAUUACUGGAAGCACCAGUAACGGUUCAUAUUCAUCACCGACAACGGGCUGUUGUAGUUCAUUGCAGUCGCUCUUGAGCACUAGUAUGGACUGUGGUUGUCUUCUAAUAACUGCUAACGUCCCUGUUCAACUGCCCAUUAACCGAACUCUUGCACUCUCCCUCCCACGAGCCUGUAACAUUGCUGGCGCGCCCGCACUGUGCAAAGCUUCUGGAACACCUUUACCUUCUCCAGGUCCUGCCUCACUUGGACCGGCUCUGCCACCUGCAACUAUAGCUGCUUCUCCUUUUAGUCCGCGGGUCUCUAAAGCAGUGGCACUAGCUCUAGAACUAGAAUCUGAAACAACUACGGAAUUGACACCAGCGUCUCCACCAGUGGAAACAGAAGUCCCUGCAAGAAGUACUUCAGGGAUAGCGCGGCCAACGCUGAAUCCAUCGGCAUCUGCUCCAUCUUAUGCAUACCCAGCACCUCUCCUACUACUUCUUGUAGGAGUACUUGCGAUUUUUAAGUCAUACUAAGUAACUUCCUUUAUUUGUGUCCCAUCCUCUUAUAUUUAUUUGAUUUUGUUUCUUUCUCUGGAUUGGGAUUAUAUUUGUUUGGAGCUUUGGUGUAAUAGUACUGUAAUAGAUCAUAUCAGCUUAUUCACGAUCGACAUAUUAGUAUCGAAUGGCACAUCAGAUUUUCCAUAUA